UGGCACCUGCCCACGUUCACAACGAUUCCCGCGACCACGAACCAAGUCUCAACCAGAGAGGACAUUGUCAUUACUGCGACGACUGUCUAGCAACGACACCAAUCUCAACUGUCCUCCAAAAUCCGCUCGUUUCCAACUGGUCGCUUUUCAGAGUCGCCCACAAUGCUCAGGUCAUCAACAAGCCUGCUGGCCGUGCUUGGCCUUGCGGCACAGACCGCGCUUGGCGCUCUGCAAGUCAACCUCGACGACCAAGCUUCAAUCAAGGCGGCCGCCAAGCUCGUUGCGCAGGAUCUCGUCAGUUUCUAUCCCAUCAACACUCCCGGCUGGACAGUCGGUAUUCUUCCCGGUCCUCCUCCCAAUGGUGAUUACUACUGGUGGCAGGGCGGUGCCAUGUGGGGUACUCUGAUCGACUACUGGCAUCACACGGAUGACAGCGAGUUCAACGACCUCAUUUCGCAGGCCAUGAUAGCGCAGACUGGAGACGACAGGGACUACAUGCCGCGCAACUGGUCGGCGUCCAUGGGCAAUGAUGACCAGGCUUUCUGGGCCAUGUCUGCGAUGCUUGCUGCAGAGACUGGCUAUCAAGAUCCACCAAAAGAUGCUCCCCAGUGGCUGUCUCUCGUCCAAGCCGUCUUCAAUGAACAGACGCAUGCUGAGCGCCGGGCACCCGCGGGUACGCAGUGCGAAUGGGGCCUGAGAUGGCAAGUGUAUCCUUCCAACAACGGUUUCGACUACAUCAACACCAUUGCCAACGCCUGCUACUUCAACCUUGGUGCCCGCUUGGCGCGGUACUCGAACAACAACCAGACCUACAUUGAUCUUGCUGAGCGCACCUACGACCUGAUCAAGAAGAUUGGCUACAUCUCCACCGACUGGCGUGUCUUUGACGGUGGCCACCUGCCCAAUGCCUGCAAGGAUAUCAACAAGGCGCAGUUCUCGUACAAUGCUGCCCUGCUCCUCCAAGGAAGCGCCUUCCUCUACAAUAUGACUGAGAGCCAGAAGUGGAAGGACGAGCUAGACGGCCUGCUCUCCGGCAUGCUGCGUGAUUUUUUCGUCGAUGACGUUGCUUAUGAGCCUUCGUGUGAGCCUGCUGUCUGCAACACGGAUAUGAAGUCGUUCAAGGGCUAUCUCCACCGCUGGAUGGGCUCAACCAUGGUCAUGGCGCCCUACACUCAGGCCAAGAUCCUUCCAGUCCUCAAGAAGAGUGCGCAGGCCGCGGUCAACCAGUGCACGGGAGGCAGCAAUGGGCGCAUGUGCGGCUUCCAUUGGACCAGUGGCCAAUUUGACGGCGAAGUCGGUGCCGGCCAGCAGAUGAACGUCCUGGGUGCUCUGAUGUCUCUCAUCACCCCGGGUACCGACAUUCCGCUUACGAAUGCUACGGGUGGCACAUCUGUCGGCAAUUUCAACGCCGGAUCUGCACAAGAUGUCAAUGUCGUCUUUGCACCAGUCACGACUGGCGACAAGGCUGGUGCCGGCAUUGCCACCGCGAUACUCAUUGCUGGAGCGCUGGGCGCCUGGACCUGGAUGAGCCUUGACUAGGGGGAAAGCCAGCGUGCGUGAUUGCAGUAUUUGGCGGUUUUGUUCGUGUUGGAGGACAUGGAUGCUGUAGAUUGCGUCAAACAUAAUGACAUGACCAGGAUUGAUUAUGGUCUUUUGGGUACAAGAGGAAUGGUUCAUGGUCAGC